GACCGGGCGGGGCCGGAUGUAGAUGCGAGCGCGACGGAAGUGGGCGGUGAGAGGUCAGAGUCCCCCCGCGCGGGUCCGUGUGGAGCGGGAAGGCAGGUCACAAACAUGGCCACCGUGGAAAUGGAUCAAGAUCUUGCCAAGAAGCUGUUCUUUGAAGGAGGAACCCUGAUCAUAUUGGCAGUGCCUGAAGGAACUGAGUUUGGCAUAGAUUACAACUGCUGGCAAGUGGGCCCUAAGUUUAAAGGGGUGAAGAUGAUUCCGCCUGGCAUCCACUUCCUGCACUGCAGCGCGGUGAAUGACAGAGGGGGACAUGUGACCGGUCCACGUACUGGCUGCUUCUUCCACAUCAGACCCAAGGAGAUCCUGGUCAAGCGAUGGGACAAGAGAGAGGAGGAGAUCAUUCACGUUGAGGUGUCUGAGGAAGAGUUGGAUCGUAUCCGAGAUAACCUGAGAGAGCUGGACAGUUGGCUGGGACCGUACCCGUAUGAAACGCUGAAGCGCUGGGUGUCUCUCACCAACCUGGUCACCGACCCCCUGGUUCAGAGACUGCAACCUGAGAGCGGGAAGAUCAGUGCCUUUAGUGAGGUGGAGCCAGAGCUCAUCAUGCCGCACACUAAAGACCGUGCAGAGCAGAAUCUGCUGCCUUACGACACCUUAUGCAAGAGCUAUGAGGAAGGGUUAGCUCGGCUGCCCAAGAUGAAGAUCAAGCCGGGCACGGAGAUCAGAUUCUCAAAGAUCCCCAUUCGCAAAUAUCCAGAGGGAGCAUCUCCAGCUGAAAUCACCAAGUGUAACAUGGACUUCAGCUACGCUCUGGACUCAGUGAUAAACCAGCGCUACCCCGCAAACCCAAAGGAUAUACUGGGGGAGCUGCAGUUCUCCUUUGUGUGCUUCCUGAUCGGCUCGGUGUACGAUGCCUUUGAGCAUUGGAAGGAUUUGCUUCGCCUGCUGUGCCACGCUGAGGAGGCUGUGAGAAAACGCACCGACCUCUACACUGCCCUCAUCUCCGUCCUGUAUCACCAACUCAACCAAAUCCCUGCCGACUUCUUCGUGGAUAUUGUCUCCAAGGAUAACUUCCUCACCACAACCUUACAGGAAUUCUUCUCGUACACGUGUGGCCCCGACGUCGACAAAACUCUGCAGAAGCGCGUGGAGAAAUUUAAAGAUCACCUCACCAAAAAGUUCAAGUGGGAUUUUGACAUGGAGCCUGAUGACUGUGCCCCAGUGAUGGUGGAGAUGCCAGACGGUGUGGUCCUGGACUGACCACUGGCUCAAGUCUGUAAACUCUUUGAAUCUCACAACUUUUAUAUGUAACAAUAGAAAAAAACACAAAAAAUCCCAAUGUUUUAAUGAUAAUUGUCAAAUACACUUCUGGUGAGUUUACAGAUUUUGUGUAUUAAGUUGUUUGUUAUGUUUAUUCCAACAAUAGUGUCUGAACUGAAGAGAUUAAACAAUAUCCAGAACUGUA